AUGAACUGUGGCAGUAUAUUGUUGCUAAUAUAUUUUAUAACAACUACGGCGUUUGCCAAAAUUGUUAUUAACAAAGUUGUUGUACGUAUACCUAAACCGAACGACAUUGGAUUAAUUUUCGAUUUAACGGUUGUAAAUUCGCCGUGUAACGAUAGAGAAACGCUUGAAUUUCGUAUACAUUCCGAUGCCACUUGUAGUGUGAAUGUAACCGAAAAUGAAAUUAUGAAAAAUGCAGGCCGUGUAGUAGGCGGAAACUUUGGGCAUAUUGUAGCAGGAGCUGCUGAAGUUGUAUCCUUGAUAUGGCCAACAAUUUCUCUGUACAAUCGAGUCGGAAAAUGUCCCAUUGUUGUUACAUCAAAAAAUGCUCGUGGUGUUGAGGAACAUCAUAAACAUGCUAUACAUUUCGACACUCGUUUUACUACGCUCGACCCCGAUUGCCAUACGCUAAGAAAACGGCCUGACUAUAAGGAUUGCAAGAAUUGGGAUAAAGAAUAUUUGAAUAACUGCACUCCUGUAAACUGUCAGGAACGUUACUUUGGACAACGCAGUUUUUAUAAUAAAACCACAGAGCAUUGCGAUCCGGUACCACGCUGUGAUAAGCCAAAUAUGCACUACGAUUAUUAUAAUAAUGAAUGUGUGAUUCCUGAGAACUUUUUUACCGAAGAAGAUAAGAAAAAGAUACUAAGUGGUGAUUUCAGAAACGAAUGCGAAGAAGAAGAGCAAGAAAUGAAACAAAAAGAGAAAAAAGGCAAAAAGAAAAAACAAUCGGCCAAAUAUCAAAAAGAGCAACAGCAGCAACAACAACAACCACAGCAUGGAAGCGCCAAACGCGAAGCUGAUAUUUUUGAUGAAGAAUUCAAUUUUUUCCCCCAGUCAAACUUUUUCGAUCCAGAUAAUAGCGCUAAAAAUCCACAGCCAACGGUCGGCGUAAAAACCGAUAACGGUUAUAUACCGUACUGGUUGAAGGGCAUAUUGGAGGGCUUGGUGGUAGUUGGUGCUAUAAUCAUUUUGCAGGUUCUCGCAACAGUAGCUAUUUAUGUGCUAAUCUGUUUUGUGAUAUUCCUUAUUGUCACAUGGAUAUCACGUAGACAAAUGAAAUGUCACAGAGAAACAACGAGCGUAUUGCGGUCGCCAGCGCCUUCGGAAGGUACAGAAGAGCCAUUGAUAACACCGUCCAGCUUGUUGUCUCAACGUAACUAAGCCUUUUUUCGACAAUUUCAACAAUUUUGACCAAACGUUAUAUGUAUGUUAUUGCCGCAAGUUCAUAUAUGGUUAGAUUUGACUGUUUUUAGCCCGAAAUACUUAUUUAAAAUAUCAAAAUUUAAACUGCUAUCAAGAAACCGGAAACAUAAUUAUGAUUGCAAUGUUAUAUUUUAUUAUAUGUAUUGAGGUUUACGUUAUUGUUUCCGAAUUUUUGUUUACAUUUAGAAUACUUUACUUUGUAUACGCAAUUUUGAUAAAACUCUUAUAAGCUUUCAUAAACAUUUAUUCAAAUUACAAAACGAUUACAAAAUGGCAAUUUUAUAAUUCUACUCCAGCAUAAUAGCGCUUAGAAUAUUGAAGCAGGUCGAAUUUCUAUUGACGUCCACUCAAAUUUGUGCAUGUAGCGUUCGCUCUCCAAACUUUGAACGACCACAUUGUCAACUUUUCAACUUGGUAUGUACCAGUGACGGAUUCACCGUUAUUAUUAAGAUGUCGAUAUACUUAUGAUUUGGAAAAACCGACAUAUACAUUUGUUUUGGUCAGAUGCCAGCGCAGAGAUUGUGGAACUGAAAACCAAAACCAAAGAAAAAUUUGAAUGUGAAAUAAGCUAUGACGAGUUAACAAUGGAAAGAACCAAUAUUGAUUUUUGCACCUGUAUUAUGCUCUCUUCUAUUAUGAUUUUUUCUGAAGCUACCCUUCUCUACAUUCUACGUUCGUAUACUUGUUUGCUAUAAAUAUUCAAAAAUACGCAUACACUUAUGUCCUGUCAUAUUUAUGCAGAACAUUUGCAAAUUUAGCGAUAAGAAAAUUAACGAACUGUGCAUAAAACGAGUUAAUGAAUGAGAAGGAGCCUUGAAUGAAGGGGCUCCAGACUUUAGUAAUACAUAUAUAGAGAGAGUUGUGCAUAUACAUGUAUGUAUAUACAUAUAUGUAUGUAUAUAUAUAUAUACAAACGCGAGUCUUUUUUGGGUUGGUAAGGGAAGCUAAAAUAUUCUGCAAAACUAAAAUAGUAUCCCAAAAGUGUCACCUCGGAGUUAUAAAUUUCCUUAAUAUUUGGACUUGGAGUGUUGCAAAGAAUACCCAAAUUUUCGUACGAAGAACUCAUUUACGAUAGUAUAGUCACAAAAAAGUACUACAUCAAUUGUUUCAACAAUUUAAGAGUAUAUUUAUGCAUAUUUAAUGAAUGCAAAACACAAUUAUUGAAGAUAAAAAUUAAAUGCUUUUUGAGUUAAAGGCGAUCUCUGACGGCGCUAAAGAAAUAGGAGCUUCACUGCUGCAGUGAUGCCAGCCUUCUUCAUGGAUAAAAAAAUAUUUUCAGAAGAUACAAGUUUUGUUCCAAAGUGAACAGACCUAAAAAAAAGGACAAAUGGUUUUUUCGGCAAAAUCAAUUUAUUUUAUUCAAAAUAGUCUCCUUCUGCUUCAAUACAUGCCGGUGCAAGCCGUUUGAAAGGCCUCUACGUCUGCAUAACGCUUUCCUUUCAUGGGUAAAUGCAUUUUUCCGGAAAGGAAGAGGUCGCACUGUGCCAUAUCAGGUGAAUACGGGGAGUGGUUAAUGGUUAAAAUGUGAUUUUUGGUCAAAUAAUCGGUCAUAAGCGUCGAUCGAAUGUUGGAUUCUGAGCAAUUUUUGGUCGUCAGUCGAUUUGUGCGGAACAAACCGUGCACACACCUUUCGUAAGCCCAAAUGUUCGGUCAAAAUGCGAUAAAUCGAUGUUUUG